AUGGCUCCUCUUCCUCCUGGGAUCCGCUUCCUGGUCUCCUUCAACCGGGAACAGUGGUACCGUGCUCUGACCUUCUCCCUGACCUUCCUGCUCUACACCAGCUUUCAUUUGUCCAGGAAACCCAUCAGCAUCGUCAAGAGUGAGCUCCACAAGAACUGCUCUUCUGUGGGUGAGACAUGGAGCUCAGGUGGAACCACUUCCUCGCCGGCCGCGCUGCCCCCAGACCACUGCAGCUGGAAGCCUUUCGAUAAGAGUAACUACAAGCAGCUGCUGGGGGCCAUGGACUACUCCUUCCUCUGUGCCUACGCCGUGGGCAUGUACCUCAGUGGCAUCAUCGGUGAGCGUGUGCCCAUCCGCCUGUACCUGAGCCUGGGCAUGUGGUUCAGCGGACUCUUCACCUGCCUGUUUGGCCUGGGGUACUUCUACAACAUCCACAGUCUCGGCUUCUACAUCUCUGUGCAGGUGGCGAACGGCCUGGUGCAGACCACAGGCUGGCCCAGUGUGGUCACCUGCAUUGGGAACUGGUUCGGAAAAGGACGCCGCGGCCUGAUCAUGGGUCUGUGGAACUCUCACACCUCCGUGGGGAACAUCCUGGGCUCUCUGAUCGCUGGGUACUGGGUAUCCUCGCACUGGGGCCUGUCCUUCCUGGUGCCUGGCGUCAUCAUUGCCGUCAUGGGCCUGGUCUGCUUCCUUUUCCUGGUGGAGCAUCCGAACGAUUUGAAGAACGCGCCCACACACAUCACUAUGAGUCAAAUGGGCCGGUGGAAUGGAGCAGCGUCAGACUUCAGAGCUCACUACAAAGAAGGCAAACCACAGAGCUUCGACACGGAGCUGUUGCUGCCCCAGGACAGUGAGUGCGUCCAGGUGCAGCCCGUGGUGGUCGUCAAGAGCCAAUCAGAGCCCUCCGCCAUCAGCUUCAUGGGAGCACUGCGUAUACCGGGCGUAGUGGAGUUCUCCCUGUGUCUGCUCUUUGCCAAACUGGUCAGCUACACCUUCCUGUUCUGGCUGCCACUCUACAUGACCAAAGCAGCUCACCUGGACGCCAAGAGAGCCGGAGACCUGUCCACUCUGUUUGACGUGGGCGGCAUCAUAGGAGGGGUCCUGGCGGGGGUGGUCUCCGACAAGCUGGGCAUGAGGGCCACCACCUGUGCUGUGAUGCUGCUGCUGGCUGCUCCCACUCUCUACGGCUUCUCCAUGAUCAGUGAGUUUGGAAUGGGCCCGACUAUAGGGAUGCUGCUGGUUUGUGGGGGUCUGGUGAAUGGCCCCUACGCCCUCAUCACCACCGCCGUCUCUGCUGACCUGGGCACCCACAAGAGCCUGAAGGGGAACGCUCGGGCUCUGUCCACAGUCACGGCCAUCAUCGACGGGACCGGCUCCGUGGGAGCCGCACUGGGGCCCCUGCUGGCUGGGCUGCUGUCUCCCGGAGGCUGGGACCAGGUCUUCUACAUGCUCAUGGCCGCAGACUUCUUGGCUCUCCUGCUGCUGCUCCGGCUGGUCACCAAAGAGCUGAGCUGCAGCCAGGCCAGGCCCAUCACCGCUGUCCAGCUGAAGGAGCACUGA